CAGUUGUUGUUGGUGUGCUGCUGGUCACCAAAAUCACUCUUUUUUUAUUUACUUUUUCUUUAUUUUUCCCUUAAUAAAUCCCAACACACCUCAAAUCCUCAUAAUAAAAAUCCCCCAUAUAUACAUUUAAAGAAGAUUACACAAAAAAGGUAAGACGGAGAAUAAGAAUGGGAAACACAUCUUCAAUGCUGACACAGUACGACAUUGAAGAAGUCCAAGAACAUUGCAACAACACUUUUUCACAACAAGAGAUAGUUUCUUUGUAUCAAAGAUUUUGUCAGCUGGAUCGGAAUAGCGGUGGAUUUAUCUCUGCUGACGAGUUUCUUUCUGUGCCCGAAUUCGCUGUUAAUCCACUCUCACAGAGAUUAUUCCGUAUGAUUGAUGGAUUGAAUUUUAAGGAGUUUGUGGCAUUUUUGUCUGCAUUUAGUUCUCGUGCCACCUUACAACAUAAAGUGGAAUUUAUAUUUAAGGUUUAUGAUUCUGAUGGCAAUGGAAAGGUUGCAUUUUCUGAUUUGUUAGAUGUCUUGAGGGACUUGACAGGGCAAUUUAUUUCUGAACAACAAAGGGAGCUUGUCCUGACUCAAGUUCUCGAAGAAGCCGGUUACAAGAAAGAUUCUUUAUUAGUUCAAUCUGACUUCAUGAAGAUUCUUGGCAAUACUGACUUGAAGAUGGAAGUUGAGGUUCCUGUUGACUAGUUGGAGACACUGAACAUGCCUUUAUUUACUUGUAUAAUGUAUCCAAAACGUCCAAUGUUUUUAGUUGCCCGUUGUGUGAAUCCAAAUUUAAUCUUCAUCCAUUGGCAUUUGUAAUCACACUCUUUAGCAUGUCAUGAAUCGCCUUAAUUGUGCAAGUAUUGAGAUUUUAUCGUUUUUACUA